UGACGGUGUUGGUUCUCCAUCACUUUCUCCUUGGAGACGUCAUUUGUGGAGUUCUUGUGGAGGGCUGUCACGAUGCGGCUGGCUGAAAGGGGAGGUUGGGUUCAUGGGUGGCGGGGGCAUGUGUUCUGUACAUGGUGGUGGCGGUGGAAGUGCUUUGCUGAUUCGGGGCAUGCUAAGUUCCGGUUCCUUCUCUAGCUCUGGUUGGCCUCCUCUCAGGGAUGUUCGUGGCGGCGGUGAGGUCUCGGUGUUCGACGUCCUUCGAAGAUGUUGCAGGCUCUUGUUGCUCGGCAUGGUGCCCAGGUUUGCUCAUUUGGUGAUGGUGGUCGAUGUGACACCAAGAGGAGGUGCACUGCUCGUCUCGGUGGAACAUUGCCCUUCGGUGCCAUCAGCGACUUCCGUUCUCGCGAUGCCACCUUGGUGAUGGGAUGCCCUUCGACGGCGUUGCGACUCUCCUAGGUCUUCAAGUUCAAGAGUGAUCGCUGGGCAGGCCGGGGACUUUUUCCUCUACAUCGUCUUGAUGUCGGCGGUGGUUCGGGAUCUAGCCAUGUCGACCAACAAGGGCGGAGGCGGAGGGAAGAAGAAGGAGGUGAAGAAGGAGACGAAACUGGGGAUGGCGUACAAGAAGGAUGAUAACUUUGGGGAGUGGUACUCUGAGGUGGUUGUUAACAGCGAAAUGAUUGAGUACUAUGACAUCUCUGGUUGUUAUAUCUUGAGGCCUUGGGCGAUGGAAAUAUGGGAGUUGCUGAAAGAAUUUUUUGAUGCAGAAAUAAAGAAGUUGAAGCUGAAACCAUAUUAUUUCCCUUUGUUUGUUACGGAGAAUGUUCUGCAGAAGGAGAAAGACCAUAUUGAGGGCUUUGCCCCUGAGGUAGCGUGGGUUACUAAAUCAGGAAAAUCUGAUCUGGAAGCUCCUAUUGCAAUCCGUCCAACAAGUGAGACUGUCAUGUAUCCAUACUUCUCUAAAUGGAUAAGAAGCCACCGGGACUUACCUUUGAAGUGUAACCAGUGGUGCAAUGUUGUUAGAUGGGAGUUUAGCAAUCCAACUCCUUUCAUAAGGAGCCGUGAAUUUCUUUGGCAAGAAGGCCAUACAGUUUUUGCAACUAAAGAGGAGGCAGAUGAAGAGGUCCUCCAAAUAUUGGAACUCUACAGGAGAAUAUAUGAAGAAUUUUUAGCAGUUCCAGUGUCCAAAGGGAGGAAAAGUGAGAUGGAAAAGUUUGCUGGUGGACUUUACACAACCAGUGUAGAGGCCUUCAUUCCAAAUACUGGCCGUGGUAUACAAGGUGCAACUUCACAUUGUCUUGGUCAAAACUUUGCAAAGAUGUUUGAUAUCACUUUUGAGAAUGAAAAGGGUGAACGGUCCAUGGUGUGGCAGAACUCUUGGGCAUACACUACCCGCUCGAUUGGAGUCAUGGUAAUGACACAUGGUGAUGACAAGGGCUUAGUGCUGCCACCAAAGGUGGCACCUAUCCAGGUCAUUGUUAUUCCUGUGCCAUUUAAAGAUGCUGACACAACAGGUAUUAAAGGGGCGUGUGAGUCGGCUGUUUACACCUUGAACCAAGCUGGGAUUCGAGCAGAUUUGGAUGCUCGUGAAAACUACUCUCCUGGUUGGAAAUAUUCUCAAUGGGAAAUGAAAGGUGUUCCUUUGAGAAUCGAGAUAGGUCCAAAAGAUCUGGCGAACAAGCAGGUGCGCAUUGUCCGGCGAGACAAUGGUACAAAGGUUGAUAUUCCUUCAACAGACUUGGUUGAGCAGGUUAGAGUGUUGCUGGAUGGGUUUCAAGCAAACUUGUUGGAAACAGCGAAAGCAAAGAGAGAUGCCUGCAUUGUAAUCAUCAGCACUUGGGAUGAAUUCAUAGCAGCUCUCAAUGACAAAAAAUUGAUCUUGGCUCCAUGGUGUGAUGAGGAGGAGGUGGAGAAGGACGUGAAAGCUCGGACCAAAGGUGAACUUGGGGCUGCGAAAACAUUGUGUACUCCAUUUGACCAGCCAGAUCUUCCUUCCGGAACUGUGUGCUUUGCUUCCGGAAAGCCUGCUCAAAAGUGGUCGUUCUGGGGUCGCAGCUAUUGAUCUCAAGUGUUCUGUCACCUAUACAUUGCCAUUUUCGUGGAUCGUUUGUUCUGGCAAAGCUGUCUAUUUCUUAUACUAGCUGAUUUUUGAGUAAUGCUUUCGUAUGAUAUGACUCGGAUUGGUUGUCCAUUUGCUAUUUUGUAAUGAUUGCAUGUCGAUCAGUUCGGUGUUGAGAAAUACAUUAUGUACAACCUUAAGUGAUA